UUGAGUUUAUGGAUUUCACCUUAGAUUUCGCCGUCGUUCGUAGUUCAUAGUUUCAGAUUGAGAACGUUGGAAACAGGAACUUUGCCCAUAAUAAAUAUUGCUUUGUGAUCUGAAGAAUUUCAUAGUAGAAUCUAUGCUGUCAUCAUGGCUGGACAAUAUUCUUUGAAGUCGCGCCGAGUCUGUCCUUAUGGUCUUAAACCAAGCCCAAGAUUCGUAAUUUCAAAAGAGGGUUUGAUUUCACAUAUUUAAUUCACGAACUCUUAUACUUUCUAAAACUGUGUUUAGAAUUUCAUUUGUGACCAUUGAUGAGGCACAUUAUCAGACGUGUUGCGUGACAUGUAUCAGUGUCAAACGAGAGGUCAUGUAGACAGAUGAGUUGUUCGGCAUGUUUGCUUACUCAAAAUGCUAAUCAGUGUGUUCCAAUCUCUUUUAUCUUUGUUGGUGGCUUCUAGUUCGCUUUCAAACGCGUGUCUGCAUUCGACGUUUCAUCAUUACGAAGAAAUAGAGACUGGGAGUAUUAAUAUCCGCGUGAAAAGGGACACCACAACACAAAGCAUAAAAUACCAAAGGGUUUCUUUUUUUGCUUUGAAAAAGCGAUUCUGCUUACGUUUGUACCCUGACACCAGAGUGCUAAGUUCAGAAUUCACAGCCUUCGUUGUUGACGCUGGUGGAAAACCCACGCAGGUGAAUAUUAGAAAGGACGGAAUAUUUUCAGGGUUUAUAGAAGGGCACGAUCUCUCUGCUGUUGAUGCAGUUCACAUCAAGGGUGUAUGGUACAUUCAGAUUUUGACCCCUAAAGACUCUUACGUUGUUGAACCAUUGAAUCGUUUUGAUCCUCGAAGAUCGAGAAAUGUCAUGCUUGUAUACAGGGAUAAGGACGUUAUAAAGAAUAAUACUCAACCCGGAGCCCAGCGUCUGGUUUGUGAUGUUGUCAAUUUGGAUGGUGUUGAACAUUCUGCAGAGUGGGAAUCGUAUGCUUCAGAGGAUGAAGCGUGGAGUACAGGCUUAUUCAAAGACAAUUGGAAAGUGGUAAAGAAAAACGAGCAAUACAGGAAACACAUUGUCAAUUUAGAAACUCUCUCGAGAGAAUUUGAAAGAGAUUAUAUUUGGCAUUUGAAUGCAAGCGGCAGUUCUCAUAACGAAGCUAAGAGUACAAUUUACGACGAUAAGUCGAAUGGCUGGAAUGAGCCAUCACUGAUCAAGUUUGCGUAUGCAGCCAGAAACAACGAUAGGCACGAUUCAAGUAUGGGGAAUAACAUGACAGAAGUAGGUACAGAAUUCGACCGCGGCUAUAAAACUCACAAGAAUGCUCCCCUUCAUCCAGCCGACAAGGAGAGCAAUACUUUCAAAAGGAAACCGAGAAAUUUGCUCUCACAGCACACGCCUACUACAUUCACUCGCUCCGGCCUAUUAAGGCGCUCCAGGCGAUUCCGAGAGGAGGAAAGAACUCGCCAGGACACCUGCGAUAUUUUCGCCAUGGUAGACUACGAAACAUUCAAAAGCAUAGGUCAGAACUCGGUGGAAGGCGUUAUCAGCUGGCUGGUGCACCAAUACCAGGCUGUGGACAGAGUCCUCAGAGAGUCUGGUCUGAGCCGCAAUGGCAUCACCUACGGAGUCAAGCUUCAGUCAGUAGCUAUUUUUUCUAGUUACACCAAGGUUCUCCCCAACGCGAAGCACUUUAACAUGGCUAACAACCAGAUGACAGGAGAAGAAACGCUCAUAUCUUUGACCAAAUAUCGAAAAUUUUCCGACUACUGCCUCGCUCAUCUGACCACAGCCAGAACCUUUGGCGGCGUCCUUGGUAUGGCGAGUAUUGCUUCACCUGACCCCCACGACUUCAACAAUGGCAUCUGCGGAGCCACCAAAAGGAGCGCCCGGAAUGUCGGUUUUUCGACUCCAGUUGAUGCCAUGAGGAAGCCUCUUCCCAUUAGCAAAUACGUGCUGGUCAUGUCCCAUGAAAUCGCCCACAACUUUGGCUCGAACCACGACCCUGUGGAUCAGGCGCGCUGUGCCCCGACCUCUGAGCAGGGCGGCAAGUUCCUCAUGUGGCCGUACUCAGGCUCCCCAGUGGACACCAACAGCCGGCGCUUCUCACCCUGUUCUUUGGAGGAGCUCUCAGCGGUUAUGAAGAACAAGGCUCACAUCUGCUUCCGCCCACGCCACACGCUCGACUCCGCCUGCGGCGAUGGCCUGGUCAGUCUGGCCGAGGAUUGCGACCCUGGAUUCACCAGCGACAGACAAGACAAGUGUUGCGAGGCACGGUGCCGCUUCAGCCCCGGGGCGGUGUGCUCACCUCUGAACCACCCUUGCUGCACGAGCCACUGCCGGAUAGCUCCAGCCACUCAGCCCUGCGUGGCGAACAUCAGCAACGACUGCGUGGGCUCUUCCUUCUGCACGGGCGCAGACGCCUUCUUCUGCCCACGCCCCACCCCUCUACCCAACGGCACCCCGUGUCGUGGCAAGGGCACCUGCUGGCAUGGACGGUGCGCGUCGUUUUGUGAGACGCUGGGCCGAACGUCCGAGCCGCCGCGCCAACUGCGAUCCUGUAGCUGCGACGAGGACGCCACAGCCAUGUGCCGCCUGUGCUGCAGAGAUGAGGCCAAGGGCGACAAGUGUUUGGCCAUGGGUGGGGGAUACCCGGACGGCACGCCCUGUCUGCUAGGCGUCUGCCUCCGCGGCACUUGCCAGAAGGGUUCUAUCUUCUUGUCCAAGAUCCAGGCCGAACCAUCUAGAGGCGAUAAGGCUCAGAAACAAAGAGAAUCGACCACACUAGCUAUGGGCAUUGCCGCUUCCGUGAUCUUUGUAUGUAUUGUUUCCGGGGUCAUUGUGGCAGUCGUUCUCAAGGUGAAGGGAAGUGACGAUGAUGUCAGCAGUGAUGCCACUAUCGACGAGCUGCGCAAACAACUUCAAGAGGCAAUAGGUCACUUGAAUGUUUCCCCGAACGACAACGAUAAUCCUACAAUGGUAGCCAUAUUGAAGCAACAAAACAAAAAAGCCUAAUACAUGUAUAGUGUGUAUAUAUAAAUGUGUAUGUAUGUAUGUAUACACUCACACACACACAAACACAAACACACACUCAUACGCACACAUGCACACACAUACGCACGCACGCACAAACGCUCGCGUGCGUGCUCACAUUGGUGGUCAAUUCCACCCAGCAUAACUGACGUAGCCUUCAUAUAUCCAUCGAAAGCUAUGGGCGAAUGUUGAAAUAUUGAAUAAAUUAACUAACAUACUAGAGGUUUAAUAUACCGGCGUCAGUAGUGCAGCGCUCAGGUGCUUUGCUUUAGCACACAGGAGCUCGAUUUCCUAGUUGGGAGAAAUUUUUAUUGAGUAUCUCGGUCUUUUUGCUGGGAUGUUAUAUAUUCCCUCUCAGUCCGG